AUGUUCCUCUUUUCUGCCAAAACCAAGACCCCCAUCAGCACCUAUACCGACUCCUACAGGCCUCCUAAUACCAUGAAGAAGUCCUUCGAGGAAGUUCCUUUGACUCUGUGGAGUGAAAACAAGUUUGUGACCCAGGGCCUGACCAUGCCCAGAGUGGACCAUCCGAUUGACCAAGCCCACCUGGAGAAGAUGGUGAAAAGGGCGGUCCAGGAAUAUUCCUACAAGAAUUCAAUAGAACCAACGGCAUAUCGGCCGUACAAGUAUUGGGUGACCCGGGAAGAAGAAAAAUUCAACCCGGUGUUUGUUGGCAAUGACAGAUAUGCCACCUGGAGGACCGGGCCGUAUAACAGUGCAGCGUGGAACCGAUACACCACAUACCUUCCACGGAUUCCCAGGGAGAGCGGGAUGGAUGCCCUUCUGCGUGGGAUGCCAAUGGAGCACCCACCAAAGCCUGAACGGCUCAACAAUUACGAACGGGAAGUCGUGGUUAACAUGUUGAACAGCUUGUCUCGGAAACAGCUCCCGUAUGUCCGGCAUCACUACCCUAUCCCGGGCAGGAUGCCCUACCAAGGGUACUACAGCCCCUGCACCGGACGCCAUUACUGCCUGCGCGGGAUGGAUUACUACGUGGACGGCGCCCCCACCAACGAGAGGCAGAUCAGCCAGCUAGUAGAGAAGAUUGUAAGGAAUUUCCCAUACUACGACCACCAGGGGGAGCUAAUGCUCAAUGCACGUCUGCCUACCCUGCCGCCAUCUUUCCCGUAUAUGAACCUUAAGUGGGACACGAGCCAUUUUAAGAUAACUGGAGGGCCAGAGAGGGACAGCUAUAUAAUUCAUCCUGAAUUUGUUUCAGAAUCUUAUCCCCCUCCGCCAUGUUGGUAUUAAGAGAGUCAAGAGAGACUGCCAUUAAAAAGUGCCACUGGUGAUGAACUAUG